GGCUGACCGGAUAACACCAAUCAAGAAUAUCAAUAGAAACACAAAGAAUUAGACAGUGAAAGUCAAGGUCCUUGAAAAGUGGAGGCCAAGAUCUGCUCAACAUAGUCCAGUCAAGUAUCAAAAAUUGAUCCUAGCUGAUGCAGAGGGAAACAGAGUUCAAGCAAUGAUCUAUAACGACAAUAUCAAAAAACUAGAAGACACGCUACAAGUUUACAACACCUACAUGAUUUCCAAUGCAACCGUGAAAUUUACUGCAAUAAAGUAUCGAACCGUUGAUGCUGAUUUUGACUGGCAAUGGACGAUUGACGCAAGCACACUGAUUCAAACUUUCGACAAAUCUCUAUCUCAUGAAAAGCUUCUCAAUAUUGAUUUCAUACCAUUCGAACAGUUUGGCCAGUAUGUUGAUAGAAAAGCCGCAAUUGAUAUAUUGGCAGCUGUUGCACGAGUCCACACUCCUAAGGUGCUUAACAAACCUGGAAAUCCGAAGGCACAGGAGAUCAUUAUCAUUAAUCAAGAGUGAAAAGGGAAACGUAUUGGAUCCAAGGCAAGAUGUCAAUUGUAUCUUUGGACCAAAACUUCUGGUACAUGUCCUGCAGCAACUGUCGAAAAGCCAUCAGUGCAAGAGAGGAAACUCUAUUUGAUUGCUUCCAGUGCAACAGCAAAAAAGUUAUGGCAAAACCAAGAGUCAAAUUCGAAGUACUAUUGACCGAUGCUUUUGGUUCAAUGACUGCAACAAUGUUCGAGAAUCAUGCUGAAGAAUAUUUCUUAGUCGAUGGGAAAACAAUCAUGAAGUAUGCGGCAGAGAACGACGAAAAUGUUGUUGCUAUCUUCCCAAAGUUGGCCAUAGAAAAUGAAUACCAAAUCCAGUUAAAACGACGCAAAUACCCAUCUCAUGGUGUCAAGGUUCUUGCAUACAACAUCAACAGCAUCAAACCAGCCUUGAAUGAAGAUAACUCAAAGCAAAAUGAACCAACAAACACAGGAAAAUCUUCAGGAGCUGAAAUCUAUCAAUCGCCUUAACUGCUACAGUAGCUCUUAUGAGGCAUUAGGCCUUCCUUUUGGUAACUACUUAAGUAGCUCUUAUGAGGCAUUAAGCCUUCCUUUGGUAUCCCUUCCAACUACUAGGUGUUGGUGUCUAGCCUUUUGAUUUACAGUUCCUUGCCAGCACCACUGCUGUAUAUAGCUAACGGUAAUGAUACUUUGUAAUAGAAGGCUCAAGGCAUUGUGCCUUCAUUUUGGAAACAAAUGUUGUAUAUAUCUAACAGUAAUAAUACUUUGUAAGAGCAGGCUCAAGGCAUUGUGCCUGCAUUUUGGUAACAAAUGAUGUAUAUAUCUAACAGUAGUGAUACUUUGUAAUAGCAAGCUCAAGACAUUGUGCCUUCAUUUUGGUAACAACGGUUGUAUAUAUCCAACAGUAAUGAUACUUUAUGCUCCAAUUUUUUUCUAUUGGGCCUCAAUUGUG